CUCAUCUUUGGAAGCCAGAGAAAAUAACUUGGGUACAAAGUGCGGGGCAAAAAGGAGUGGGGGUUAGAGGGAAAGGGAGAAAUGGCCGGUCGCAAGAGACGCUACGCCAGAUAUAUUUUUUGAAGAAUAUGCGUCUGGUUAUACGUUUUUAUCAUUCAUCGUUUCCUUUACAGGAGAAGGGAAGAUGACGAAGAGCCAACUCUAAAUCUCUCUUUCCCCCUCGCCCUCCCUCAUAUGGAGACCUGGCUUUCCGGCUCGCCCGGCGAUUCGCGAUCCGUGGAGUUGUUCCGGCAUACUCCCGCCCCGAAAACGAUGGAAUAGCGGGAUCCCGGUAAGGAUUUCCGGCCGACGGAAGGGACUGGAUCUUUCGACCACUGGUAACCUUGACCUAAUAUCUGCGAGCCUGUGGUUUUUUGUCUGAUCCUCAUGCAAAGGAUUUCUUGGCCGGAUUCCAGUUUUUUGGGUGGAAUCGAUGGUUUUGAGAAAGUAUUCGGAUCAGUCCGCGCACAGUUCUUGAUAUAUUUUUUUCUGUGCGGUAAUAGGAGAAUCGGAACUUGGAUGGAUUUUUGACGUUGAUCACCUGCUUGCUUCAUUUUUCUCUUGAACUUAUUGCGAUGGACCUACAUCUUCAGUUGAGCGUAUAGUCUUGCCAAUUUCUGGUUGUCAACUCUGUUUUACGUCCACUUUUUUCCUUCUAUGACGGGUUUUGAUGCCCAACGAUCGGUCUCCGGUUGAAAAAUUAGUGGCGCUGGACGUUUCAUGGACGGUGAUUCUGUAGAUUAGUGUGACAUCUGUGAAGAAUGUCAGGUGCUGGACAGGCGGUUGAACAUGUCGGAUUCUCAAAAGCGGAGAAGAAAUCGAUGUCGGAUCGUUUGUCUGGUGCAACGAAAUCCGGCAGUGAACGGAAGUCAGGAUGUUGCAAUCCGGUGCGGAAGUCAGGUCCUGUGUCCAUGGAACAUGUACUUUUGGCAUUGAGGGAGACUAAGGAGGAGAGGGAGCUUAGGAUUCGGAGUCUCUUUAACUUCUUUGAUGCCUCAAAUAGUGGUUACCUUGACUAUUCACACAUAGAGUUGGGCCUCAAGGCACUUCAGAUACCUGCAGAGUAUAAGUAUGCGAGAGACCUUCUCAAAGUUUGUGACGCUGACAGGGACGGGCGUGUUAACUAUCAGGAGUUUAAGCGCUACAUGGAUGAUAAAGAACUUGAGCUUUACCGCAUUUUUCAAGCCAUUGACGUUGAACAUAACGGAUGCAUUUUGCCAGAAGAGCUAUGGGAUGCACUUAUUAGAGCAGGAAUUGAAAUUGAUGACGAGGAACUUGCACGAUUUGUGGAGCAUGUCGAUAAAGAUAAUAAUGGAAUAAUUACUUUUGAAGAAUGGAGGGAUUUCCUUCUUCUUUAUCCCCAUGAAGCAACAAUUGAGAACAUCUAUCACUACUGGGAAAGAGUUUGCCUUGUGGAUAUUGGGGAACAAGCUGUUGUACCAGAGGGCAUCAGUAAGCAUGUCCAUGCAAGCAAAUAUUUGAUAGCAGGGGGUGUAGCAGGUGCAACAUCCCGGACUGCAACAGCUCCACUGGAUCGCUUAAAAGUGGUGUUGCAAGUACAAACGGCACGUGCUCGGAUCAUACCGGCGAUAAAGGACAUCUGGAAAGAAGGUCGUCUUUUGGGAUUUUUCCGAGGCAAUGGCAUUAAUGUCAUGAAGGUUGCACCUGAAAGCGCCAUAAGGUUUUACACCUAUGAAAUGCUAAAGAACUUCAUUGUGGACGCAAAAGGAGAGAGUAAAGCUGACAUAGGCACUGGUGGCCGCCUUUUGGCUGGUGGAGUAGCUGGGGCGAUUGCACAAACAGCAAUAUACCCAAUGGAUCUUGUGAAAACUCGGUUACAGACGUAUGCUUGUGAAAGUGGAAAGGUUCCAAAACUGAGAGCAUUAUCAAAAGAUAUAUGGGUCCAAGAAGGUCCUCGUGCCUUCUAUAGAGGGCUCUUUCCAUCUCUUCUUGGGAUGAUUCCUUAUGCAGGCAUUGAUCUGGCUGCUUAUGAGACUUUGAAAGAUAUGGCAAGAACAUAUAUUUUGCAUGACAGUGACCCUGGCCCUCUUGUACAACUUGGCUGUGGAACAAUCUCAGGAUCCAUCGGAGCAACAUGUGUAUAUCCCCUCCAGGUUAUAAGGACAAGAAUGCAGGCACAGCGUUCUAAUGCAAGUGCUGGCUAUGAGGGAAUGUCUGAUGUAUUCUGGAGGACCAUGAAGCAUGAAGGUCUUUCAGGGUUUUACAAGGGUCUGUUUCCCAAUUUGCUCAAAGUGGUGCCAUCUGCUAGCAUCACAUAUCUUGUUUACGAAGCAAUGAAAAAGAAUCUUGAUCUCGACUAAGGUUUUGCUUUAACUGGAUGGUGGCACCAGCUAUUCCUGCGGCUGACUAUUGGUUUGGUGACGAGGAAAACAUAGCUGUGAUGAUGGUUAUGACAGCAGUAGGGUUUUCGAUGGGUUUUCUCAUGUCUUCACGCAAGGGUAACAGUUUAGCUGCCAUUUUCAGCUCAUCAAGCUCACUGCAGUGAAGUUUUUUAUUUAACAUUUGGAGAAACGAUAGAGAGAACUUGUAAAAGUUUCUAAUGUCCUUGUCAAAUUUCUGGGAGGAUCAUCUGGUGAAUGCUGAUAUGACUGGAGGAUGCCCUCCACAAACUGUUGGGAGAAUAACUUCUUCUUCGAGUAAACUUUGUACUAUAUGCCAGUUGAGGUUCAUUCAUCGUUCUGCGGCAUUUCUUGGGCCCUUGUGCCCAUGAGGCGAUAACAAUCCCCAGUAUAUCACCUACUGGAGAUGGUUCUUUCCAGUAUAUCAAGGACAGAGAUAGUUGUCUUUCCCGCAUUCUACUCCAGGAUAUAACUUGUUAUAUUGUAUGAAUACUAUUCAUUAAUGAGUGAACACCAAAAAUUGGAAUUUCA